ACCGAUUGCUACUUACAGCUGUUUCCUCAGGUCAGUAACGAAGUUAUCACCAACGCAGAGCCGUUGACACUCCGUUCUUCAGUGCCGCACUCCAUGGUAGCUCCCACAGAAGUUCCACAUGUCGAUACAGCAUCCUUCCGCACAGGCCCUCCAAUCGAUCACACCAGGGACCUGCUACAUUCGAGAUUGAUUCCCAGUUUUCGUCCCCGAUCACAGGCUAGUCGCAAAAAGUUCUCCACCAAUAGGUACCGUAGGGAUACUACCAGUCGCCCCAAUGUUCCUCAACCGAACACGAGUGGUCCAAGCAACAACUUACACAAAGAAAAGCGUUUUGAGCGAUCCGGAGCAGAAGCGAAUGAGCGAACUUCUAUAACCUUGGAAUUGUUACCUGCAAGAGGGAAACUGUUUCGUUUCAGACCUCCAAAUGGAGUAAAUAGUGUUGAUUUGAUAAUCGAAGAGUGCUCGGUCACCCCAACGUCUGUUUUGGAGAAUGACUCUUUUCCGGAGAGUUCUACCUCUUCACAGUGUCCUAUCUUACUCGAUGCCAGCCGCGGUGCCAUUCCCACUGCACUUGCGUCCCAUAUGCGACAACUUCUGCAGUCAUCUAAUUCUCAUUCCGAUGCGUUGAAUAACCUGUCAGUAUCUCAGCAUUCGCUCAACUUUUCUCUCCAUCGUUUCCAGAGGAAACGUUAUCGCUUCGAUGCGCUUCAAAGCUCACGCGUACCACACUAUCUUUACUUACGAAAUUUGGCACAAUUCGGGACCAUGACUCUCCGUCUCUCUGUUACGGAUCAUUUUUCCUGCUCAUUUGCAAUGCAGACUGCCCACUCUCCUUCAGCGGAGUAUCAACCGCCUUACCAGAACAAAAUAUACAGCCCGUUGUUAUCCGUGUUGCGUGAUACUACCAUCACCAACAAAACUCAAGCCUCCGGCAAACAAGCUGUUCCAUCCCCUCAAUCGAACUCGCGGAACCUUUCUUUGUUGUCCUGGGUGAACGCCAACUGGCCCAAAUUGACACUGGAAAGACGAACGAGACAAAUGUUAACGCGGCGUGCUGAACGGGCCCAUCCAUUGUCUCAACAAGAUGCCUUUGUUGACCCUGAACUUCUUCUGCAUAAGACGUUUGAAAAAUGUUCAGUCUGGAAUGCGCCUUCACGGGUAUCCAUGCAUUAUGCAUUCGCUUAUCACUUCACUUAUAAGCCCGAGUCUGGACAGUACACAAACGGGUUGCGUAUUCCACCGUGGCAUGCAAUAGCCAUUCCAUUCGACUUAGCGCCUGGUUUGGAUACAGGUGGUAGUUUGGAAGUCACGUUGCAAUUGAAUCCAUUUGAUCUAAUGCAACAUAUCAACCACACGCAUUCCCUGCCCCUCCCUCGUCAAGUGAUUUUACACGCUUGCCUGAGUCGUCACGUCCCUUCGAGCCCAUACGAUUUCAUCAGUCGUAAACGAUGUCCACUUUGGCUUCGUUUGGCCACCCAUCGCGGUGUAGCUGUAUCUGUUGCCCAUGCAGUGUUCGCGGCUGUAUCUGCAACGCUGGCUCGAAGCCAGCCAUCACAUCGCAGCGAGUUACCACCGUUGUUUGAUACUUCAUUCGAUGAAGCCGUGGAUAGGAGCUUUCUCUAUCUUCCAUACCCCCCUCCUGGACAAUGGUUUUUGGGAUUGUACGCCGAGUGUUAUGCCGCUUCAGAUGUUCGAUGGUGUGAUGAUCCGGCAUCUGCUGUUGACGUCGGUCUUGUAAUUCAGUCAAGACCGUGCCUGAAUUACCGAUGUCGUGAAUCUGGUGAAGGAGCCAGUCUGCCACCGUCACGUGUGCUCAGUCGCGCCGCAGCUGAGGUUCAGCCUGUUGUUCAGGAUCAAACUUCUUCAACCUUAACGCCUCGGUGGCGCCCUCCUUGGUGGAACUUGCGGAAGCCAGACCACACAGCCUAUCAGAGCCCACUGGUCAAUAGUACUUGGCAGGCAUCUAGUCUGUUUGGUGAAGGCCUCUGCGUAGAGCUCUUACAACAGUCAAUCUUUGCAUCCACAUGUGCUUGUCCACCUGGUCGCUUUGGACUGGGUUGUUUGCGUCCCAAUUCCACGGAACUUGUCGAUGAUCGUUUGCCACAUGGGCGCGAACUGGAUGAACUAAUAUACAUGUGGAAUGGGUACUCCAAAGAUGCAUUGCUCCUAGCACUGACCAAUCUGGCGUUUGUUCCUGGAAUUUGUCUGGCUCUCAUACGCCGCUUGUGGGUACCUGCUCUGGCAUAUACAUACACUCUGGUUUUCUCAGCCCUUUACCAUCUAUGCGACACGGACGUGAUGAACAUUCCAGCUCGCGUGGGUCUCCGAACCAUCAGUGGAGGUGCUGCGUCCUUUGGUGGAUAUUCCUUGGUUCGAGCUAGGGGAUAUCAUGUGGUCAGUACUGCACCAAACGGUUAUCAUUCAGUUCCUCAUGGAUUUCGGUUCACGUCCCCCGCUUGUCCUUUGCCCUUGGACAUACUGUCCUUUUGCGAUUUCUUCGGGGGCGUUCUCUCCGUGCUUGUAACGAUGAUCGCCGCCUGUGCGUGUCCGCUGCGCUAUGCUCAACUGGCCUAUGUGAUUUCCAUGCUGUUCCUAUCGAUCGCAGUUCAAGUGGCACGCUAUUCGGUCGGCUUGUUUCUCAUUCCGUCUGCUGUUGGGCUCGUUAUUCUUGCGUUUAGUUGGAUACUGCGGACACGUCAAACUGGGCGUCUAUUCCCACCAGUACAAUGGUGGAUCCUGAGUCUAUUUCCUGGUCUCGUGUGUGCAUGUACAGGUCUGUGUUUGUUUCUUUCUCCGUGGAUGGCUCGAGAGUACACAAAACUACACAGUCUAUGGCAUAUAUUAAUCGGCUGCUCUCUUAUUGGCCUCUUACCUUGGCCUUCGCGUUGGCGCACUGCUUUGUCUGUCACCAUACCGCGAUCCGUUCCUCUCUCUUGCGGUGGUACCAUUUAUGAUCAGGCUUCAUCUACGCUUCACAGCAGGACCAACCCAAGAUUCUCUAAAAGGAAGUUUGUGAGCCGAUUAAUCAAGAGAACUUGGAAAGCCACCAGUGCUGAUCGGUCAGUUUCAAACAGCUUUGCCAUUUCUCCGGUGUUUGGACACAGGGGACGAAACAUUUUCAGCCCUGUUCGGUGUAAGUGGCUUCUGGAACCAGUGUCGAGAUGGCUCUGGCAACUGAAGCGUAUUUGCCAUAUUUUCCAUCGCAAAUUGGAUUCUUUGUUAGAAUUGGACUGUUUGUUGGACACAGUUGUCGCUCGUUGGCCGAGGUGCAAAUGGCUACUGCCACAUGGUUACAUGGCUCACCGUUCCGAUCGUGCUGAUUUUGCUCCCGAUGUUCAGACUGCCUCUGCUACUCAGCCGCACGUUAGUUCAAGCAACAGCUCCCGAUCCCCACUUACACGACCGAAAGUACUUCGCGUAGACAUCACCGGUGAUAAUAGCCCAACAACUGUGUCAGAUAAUAUCAUUUGAAGCUGUAAAGAUGAUAGUUGUUUUAUGUUUUCGUCUCGAUAGCUUGAUGUACCACCCUCACACCCUAGAACUGGAUUGCAUUUUUGCCGUUUUGCAAAACCACACUGUUUUACUCUAGGUUACUUGUAUGAAGUUCAUUUCCUGUAAUCUUAAAAGUUUUCAAAUUCUUUCUUGCUUUUGCCAGCAUGGGCAUUCAUAUCUGACCAUUUUUGUAUAGUUUUCCGCCUUCAAAUAUUUUUGACACCGUUUUUUUCAUUCCAUCCUUGUAUUACCCACAUGGCUCAUUGCAUGGGAGGUGAAAGACGCCUAUUAUGGACAAUAAAAUGCGGAAAUUUUGCUCAUAAC